AUGGCGAGCGAAAAGGAAUUGGAGAAUCUGAUAAACGAAGCGAUCUGCUCGAUCUGCCUGGAGUUUUACACGGAGCCGAUGAUGCUCGACUGCGGCCACAAUUUCUGCAAAGCCUGCAUCCUGAACUACUGGGACAAGAACAAGGAGAGCAUCUCCUGCCCCAAAUGCCGGGAGCACUUCUCCCAGAGGAAUGUCAGGCUGAACCGCUUCGCGGCGAACAUGGUGGAGAGCGUCCGCAAGCUCAGCGCCAAGCCCAGGGAGGGCGGCGGCGCCCUGCUCUGCGACCAGCACGACGAGAAACUCAAGCUCUUCUGCGAGAACGACAAGACGGCGAUCUGUGUCGUCUGCGCCGUUUCACGUGAGCACAAGGACCACAGGAUCAGCCCCCUGAAAGAUGCCGCCGAGGUCUACAAGGGAAAGCUGCAAACAGCACUGGAUUUACUCAACAAGCAAGCGGAUGAGAUUUCCAACAGUCAGAGCAACCAGCAGGCCAACAUAGCUGAACUGAAGAAACAAGCCGAGACCAUGCGGAAGAACAUUGAGGCCGAAUUUGCCAAACUCCGCCAAUACCUCCGGGACGAGGAGAAGGUGCUGAUGGGAAAGAUCAAGAAGAAGGAAGACAGCAUCUUGCAGCAGCUGGAAGAAAACUUGAAGACAGUCAUAUCAGAAAAGGCUCUGAUGAACGAACGCAUAGUGGACAUACAGCAGAGGAUGUCACUGAAGGAUGCGGAGAUCCUCAAGGAAGGAUGCCAAGGCCCACGGGAUGGUGUGGAGGAAAUUUAUCAGAAUAGCACCAGGGAUGAGGGACUUCAGUUAUGCAGAGAGUCUGGAGAAUCUGGGGUUGUUCUCCUGAAGAACAGAGGAGAUUUGACAGAGGCGUUCAAAACCAUGAAUGGUUUCCAUAAGAAUACAACGGAGACAUUGUACCCUAAAGCCACAGAAACCAAUUUUAAUCUGAGUCUAUAUGAGCCCAUUGGACCUCUGCAGUACAUAGUGUGGAAACGGAUGCUGAAGGUUAUCAGUCCAGCCCUCCUGACCCUGGACCCGCAGACUGCGCACCCCCGCCUCCUCCUGACCGACGACGACACCCAGGUGAAGCGAGGCGAGUGGAAGAAGGUGCCCGAGUUUCCCGAGCGCUUCAGCUUCCUGCUCGGCGUCCUGGCCACCCAGGGGUUCACGUCGGGGCGGCACUACUGGGAGGUAGACGUGGGCGACAACGGGGCCUGGGACGUGGGCGCGGCCAAGGCGUCGGUGGCGAGGAAGGCCAUCCCGGAGGACGGGGUCUGGGCGGUGGGUCUGUGGGACAAGGAGUACACGGCGUUCACCAACCCGCGGACUGCCCUGAAACUGGGUAGCAUGGUUCCCAAGAGGGUGGGGGUCUACCUGGACUAUGAGGGAGGGCAGGUAUCGUUUUACAACGCCCAUAACAUGGCCCACAUCUACACCUUCACCGAAACCUUCACUGAGGCAGUCUACCCUUACCUCAGCACCGAGAGCAGGACUGAUCCACUGAAGCUGGUCGCACUGCAGCUGGAAUUUUAAAACCAGUUAAAAGUGCCACUGGGCUGUGGGGCUAGAACUGACCCUGCAGCGAUGGGCAGUAUCAAGCACGAAGCGAUACGAGGUUUAAUGAAUGAGGUCGCGAAGGAAAACCUCUGGGUACACAUCAACCUUUCUCCAUGGUACGGACGACACAGAAACAGACUUAUAAUUAAUGGUUACACUCAGUAGAAUGGC